AGGGGCGUGGCCGGCUCAGGCUCCGCCCCCAUCCUGCGCGGAAGCUCGGGCGGGCGGGCGCGCCCUGGCGGGUGGGGGGGGCGGCUGAACGCGCAGUGCGGACCCUCGCGGAGACCUGAGCCACCACCGCCACCACCACCAUGUCUCAGGAAGGCGUGGAGCUGGAGAAGAGCGUCCGGCGCCUGCGCGAGAAGUUUCAUGGGAAGGUGUCCCCUAGGAAGGCGGGGGCUCUGAUGAGAAAAUUCGGCAGCGACCACACUGGAGUGGGGCGCUCCAUCGUGUACGGGGUCAAGCAGAAAGAUGAACAGGGGCUCAGUAGCGGCCUGGAUGCCCAGGACCCCCCAGAGGAUAUGAAGCAGGACCAGGACAUCCAGGCCGUGGCGACCUCGCUUCUCCCGCUGACAGAGGCCAACCUUCGCAUGUUCCAGCGAGCCCAGGACGACCUCAUCCCCGCUGUGGACCGGCAGUUUGCCUGCUCCGGCUGUGACCACGUGUGGUGGCGCCGCGUGCCCCAGCGGAAGGAGGUGUCCCGAUGCCGGAGAUGCCGGAAGCGUUAUGAGCCCGUGCCAGAGGACAAGAUGUGGGGGCUGGCUGAGUUCCACUGCCCGAGGUGUCGACACAACUUCCGGGGCUGGGCACAGAUGGGGUCCCAGUCCCCCUGCUACGGGUGUGGCUUCCCCGUAUCUCCAACGCGGAUCCUGCCUCCACGCUGGGACACGAACACGGAUCGACGCAGUACGCACACCCACUCCUGCUCUGCUGCUGACUGCUACAACCGGCGAGAGCCCCACGUGCCCGGGACUUCCUGCGCUCACCCCAAGAGCCGCCAGCAGAACCACCUGCCCAAGGUCCUGCACCCCAGCACCCCCCACAUCAGCAGUGGCUCCACCGUGGCCACCUGCCUAAGCCAGUGUGGGCUGCUGGAGGACCUAGACAACCUCAUCCUGGAGGACCUGAGGGAGGAGGACGAGGAGGAGGAGGAGGCGGAGGUAGCGGCGGCAGCGGCGGCCGGGUCCCAGGAGUGAGCACGCCAGGCUAUGGAAUCACAGUACACUGUCCUCCCAUAAAAUAGCAGCUCUCCUCACCAGAAUAGGAGUCUCGGUCCCUAUCCACUG